AAAAGGGAUUGCCAUCUCACCACCUAAUUCUUUGUCACCUUCCCUAACCUAAACAUCAUCUCAACUUUCCAAAUCUCACAAACAUUCGCGCGUCUAUUUUCGAAAUAGUCUCGUAGUCAGCAUGUCUUAUCGAAUUGAGCUCGCUUCCAGCGCCCGUGCUGGUUGCCAAGAUACUCAAUGCAAAGCUGAGCAGGCGAAGAUUCCCAAAGGUGAUCUUCGCUUCGGCAGUUGGGUUGAGAUGCAAGACCAUGGCUCGUUCAAAUGGCGACACUGGGGCUGCGUCUCUGGAUUAUCUAUCAGCAACCUCCAGGAAGCUAUUAGUGAUGGCAAUGGCGGUUUUCAGUGGGACAUGAUUGAUGGCUACGAUGAAUUGGAAUCUCAUCCUGAUAUCCAGGAGAAGAUUCGACGUGUCAUCACUCAAGGCCACAUUGAUCCCGAUGAUUUUAAGGGUGACCCCGAAUUCAACAAGCCUGGCCAAAAGGCUAUUCGUGGGCGCGCCAAAAAGGCAAAGAAGAACGUAGAUGAGGACGAAGAGGGUGAAGGCUCUCCUAAGGCUCCCAAGAAGAAGUCUGCCAAGCGUGGUCGCAAGAAGGGCGAGGACAACGAUGAGGAUGAAGAAGAUGUUAAGCCCGCCAAGAAAAAGGCCAAGGGCAGUCGCAAGGCCGCAUCGCCCCCAGACGAGGAAGAUGAGGAAGAGGCGGAAGAGCCAGAGGUCCAGGCCGCCCCGGCCAAAGCCCCUGCCAAAUCAUCGGCUAAGGCUUCCGCUAAGAACACCUCUAAGACUACUGCCAAGACUGCUGCUAAAGCCUCUACUAAGAAGGCUGCAAGCAAGAAGGUAGCCGAGGUUCCUGCCGACGAUAUCGAGGCUGGCAGCGACGACGAGGAACAGGUAGAGGAAGAAGCUGCUCCUUCGAAAGCCAAGGCUAAGGCGAAGCCAAAGGCUAAGAGCGCCCCUAAGGCGAAGGCUAAGGCCGCUAAGGUCGCCGCGGCUGAUGAAGACGAGGAAGACGAGGAACCCGCUCCGAAGCCAGCUCCUAAGGCAAAGGGCCGUAAAGCUAAAGCUAAGGUCGUCGAACCCGAAGAACCAGAGGAAGCUAAAGAUGAGGAGGGAGAGGAAGAGGAAGUAGAAGCUCCCGUCGCCCCUAAGCGUGGACGCACUCGAGGCCGCCCCAAGAAGGCGUAAAUCACUAGCUCCCAUUCGACGAUAUGACGAUUAUCGACAAAAAUUGAGUAGAAACGAUGAGGUUUGUAGGUUUUCGUUAGCUUUAUUCCGGUUCAGCGCGAGAGGCUGUUGUCCCGACUAGCUCAUUGAAAACCUUCAUAUCCAUCAUCUACUCUCACAUCGGAAACCGCGGAAGUCUUCUGGUUAAGGG